AUGCACAUAACGUCUCAAAUUGGACAGGUGAUCUUGUGGACGGUCAAGGCCAACCACAAGGGCUAUGAUCCAAAAGGUGGCAUGAGAAUCUACUUGUGUGAUUGCUUGGCCAGUAGGCAAGAGGGUGAUCAUGAAGGGUUUGAGGCACAGAUGCUUUGUGGAGGCGCAUCAUCGGGUGGUGGGAAACGUGCACACAUUGAAGAUGAAGGCCGUCCAGAUGACCCAGGAGACACAACUGUGGGUUUGGUCUUGGAUGAAGACAAUGAGAGCUCGGAUGGAGAGCUUACACAUGAAGAUAUCAUGGAACGGAAAAGUACAAAAACAGCAAAGCUUAAAGCCCUGAGGCAAGUCUGGCACCGCGAGGCUGGGAUUGGGAAGAUGGCUGCAUCAUAUCAGAUUCCCAAAGCCACCACACCUCUUGCAUGA